ACCAGAAGGUCUCGGUCCAUGGGUGAAAAAUCUGGACACUCCAGAGGAUGCAGAAUGGCGCCAUGCGUGGUUGUGCCGACUUCGACCACGAGCAGAAUUUCGGUGAUGGGUGGCAGCGUUGGCGAUGAGCAGGGGAUCGGCAGUGGAGUUGUGCUUCUCAAUCCGAGUUUCAUGAGCAAGGAAGUGGCCGAGGAGGUCGUCAAUGGAGAGAGGCUUAAGCCGGGUUGUGACAGAGGUGACGAGGGGGUCGUAUUCGGGACCCAAACCGGCAAGGAGGUACGAGGUGAACUAGUAAUCGUUGAGUGGUUGGUUGGCAGCAGCAAGGGUGGCAGAAAUCUACUUGAUCCGCUGGAAAUAGUCGGUGAUGGAAGAGUUUCCCUUCUUGGCAGUGGCAAGCUCGUAAUGAAGGCUCAUGGUACGAGCACGAGCUGUGGAGGCAAAGUCUGGCGGAGAGCAGUCCAGAGCUCUUGGGCAGUGCGGCAACCGAGUAUUUUGGGAAGAAGAUCAUCGGAGAUGGUGGACAUAAGCAUGCUGAGAAUUAGUUGAUCUUGGCGGAACCACUGGAGAGUUGCUGGGUCAGUGGAGAUUGUGAGAGACCCAUCUGCAGAAGUAGAAGAAUAGGGGUGAGGUGGUGUUUUGGUACCAUCAACAAAGCCGUAAAGAUCGUGCCCGUGAACGUAUGUCUCAAUUUGGUGAUGCCAGACAAGAAAAUUGGUUUUUGUUAAUUUGGAUAUGGAUUGAGCAAAGUUGGAGAGGGAGGCAGGGGAAGGAUUUGGAGUGGCAGACUGAGUGUUGGUCUCGGUAGAGAUGGGAUUCUGGGUAUUGCUGGAGGAUGCCAUGAGUGCGGCUUAGGUGUUUGAGAAAAGGCGUCUAACAGAAGGAGGAAAAAAAAAAGGAUGCUGGUAGUCGAGGGCAGAGGCAGAAUUUGAAAAAGAGUGGAAAAGCUUGUCUUGGUGAUAUCAUUUAUCACUACAUAACUGCUGACCUGUUCUCACCAGAAUGUUUACUUGAUUGCCUGGACCUUUCAUCCGAGCAUCACACUCUGGAGAUAGCUAACAGGAUAGAAGCAGCAAUGCAUGUCUGGAAGCAAAAAAACCGGAGGAAACACGCAAAUCACAUUAAAUCUAGGCGCUCGUCUUAGGGUGGCAAGGUUAAGGGCCUUGUAGCUGAUGCUGAGAAGAAUCAUUUUUGGGCCCAAAAAGCAGAGACCCUCUUACAGAGCUUGAGGCUUCGUUUCCCUGGCCUCCCACAAAUUGUACUGGAUAUGAAUAAGAUCCAAUACAAUAAGGAUGUAGGGCAGUCAAUUCUUGAAAGCUACUCAAGGGUGAUGGAAAGCUUGGUCUUUAACAUAACGGCCAGGAUAGAUGACGUCCUUUACGUCGAUGAUGCGACGAAGCGUUGUGCAGCAGCUGAAACAAUGUCUAUUUUCAGCAGGGGUGGUCUAGGCGGUAUUCCUAUUCAGAAGCGAAUGUCUCCUAGCCCCUUCUCGAUCCACCACACCCCGUACGCCUCUCCAUUUGCAACUCCGACCUUCUGUUCUUCCACUCCAGUAAUGGGAAGCCCAGGGAGGGCACCUUCCUCUCUUAAGAGGACUGGUCUUAAGGAAGCAACUGACCUGAAGUCAGAAAAAUUAGUCCCGGCAGAUUUUGACCAAGUGUGGUCAUAUGCUGGGAACGUCAGUGCAAGAAGAGUUCCCGGAAAUGCUCCAGAGCGUGAUUGACUUCUAGGUGCAGGUAAGUUGAAACACCUAAUCAAAACUAACAAAGAAGCUGUAGAGCUGGUCUGGAAGGCGGAAGCCUUGAGGGCUGCGAGAAUGAGAAAUAUCGGAGGGGGGGUAAAGGUAAUAUUGUAUAUGCAUUAGCAAUAGAAUUAGGAUGGUUUAUUAAAGUUUUGAGAUUAGAUCAUCUGAUCAUGGCUUUUCAUCAGAUGAUAGGUGAAAAGAGAGGAGAUUAUGAUUUUCUUAUAUUUGCAA